CAGCGACAAUUCGCUCUCAAGCAUUUACCCAAGGAUGACUUGUUCAAGCUGGUGUCGGCCCUCUAUAAAAUCACACCCGAUAUCCUCCUCGCUCAGGGCAAAGCAAAGAACCCAUGGCCGAAUGUCGAUGCUCACUCCGGUGUUCUUCUACAGUACUUCGGUAUGACUGAAAUGUCAUUCUACACCGUUUUGUUUGGAGUGUCGCGCGCUCUUGGAUGCCUCUCACAACUGAUCUGGUCACGCGGUAUGGGUCUUCCACUUGAACGCCCCAAGUCUCACUCAACUGAAGGAAUUAUGAAACUUGCCGCUGCAGCAAAGAAGUAA